AAUAAUGAAUCAAGUGCAGUGUGGAGUGGAGUGAGCAAAAGCUGAAUUUCCACGCCCAAAUUGAAAGAAAGCCUCGCUCCUCCUCCUCCAAAUCGGCUAUGGCGUCACCGCCGACGAUCCCUAUUUCCUCCCCCCAAUCGGAGCCCAUCGCUACUCCAGCGUUCCGAGCCUUCCUCUCUCGCCUCAACACCACCGUCCGCCACGGAUUCGCCCAGCGCCGCCCCUGGUGGGAGCUCCUGGACCGCUCCGCCUUCUCCCGCCCCGAUUCGCUCUCCGACGCCGUCUCUCGCAUCCGCAGAAACUUCUCCUACUUCCGCGUCAACUACAUCUCACUUCUCGCACUCUCGCUUGCCCUCUCGCUCAUCUCCCACCCUUUCUCCCUCAUUAUUCUUCUCUCUCUCCUCGCCGCCUGGCUCUUCCUCUACUCGUUCCGUCCGUCGGAUCAGCCGCUUGUGGUCGGGGGGCGUACGUUCUCGGAUCGUGAGGUGUUGGGGAUUCUCGUUGUAUCGACUAUUGUUGUGGUUUUCCUCACCAGUGUCGGUUCGCUGCUCAUCUCCGCCGUCCUCGUCGGACUUGCCGUGGUGUGCGCACACGGCGCUUUCCGCGUGCCUGAGGAUUUGUUUUUGGACGAACAGGAGUCGAAUAACGCUGGAUUCCUUUCGUUCAUAGGCGGCGCCGCCACUUCCGCCGCAGCCGCAGCUGCUCCUGCCGUUGCUUCGCGUGUCUGAUUUGGAUCUGCUCUCGACUCUAACGGUGCGAUUUUCAUUUGCAUACAGUAUUCCAAUUUUUUACUUGCUUGACCGAAAUAUAUAUAGAGAGGAAUUGCUUUGUUUCUAUGAUUUGGUGAUAUAUUAUGUCUUCUCUAUUUUGGUUAGGAAGAACUUGAUCGAUUUGCAGAUCUGUUGUAAUUCUUGCUUGCUAUAAGAGAUCCGAUUCUAUGCUUAAUCUCAGAUCUAGCGGUUGAUUUCCUUACGGAAUUCCCUCUCUAUGCCAAACUAUAGAAUUUUGUUCAAAGAUAUCAUCAAACAUGUUUAUAUAUAUUUUUUGGAAUAAUUCACACUAGAUUCAUUCUUUGAUCA